GGGGUAUUUUUAAAACUUCCCGCAGAGAAGCUUCAUCGGGCGGAUGAACUCGCGUAAGAGGUUUUUUAGUAGGAAUAAAAAUGCUACUCAACGUAGUAAAUAGCUUCAAAUACUUCACGCUUAAAUCAUUCUCUUGUGAUAAUUUUAUUUAUCGCCUUCAUUACCGGUGGACGGUUCUCUUGCUGCUUGUGUUUUGCUUCAUCAUAACUUGUAAAACUCUUUCUGGAAAUUCUAUCUCAUGUGCUGAAGUAGAUGCAUUACCUCAGAGUUAUGUGGAAAUGAAAUGUAAUGCAGAUAUUUUCAGCUUACCAAACAAACUAAAAUCCGCCGAUCGCAGUGCGUGGCUGAAGGCCAGUCGAAGAUACCAUUCUUACUAUAUGUGGGUAAGCUUAUUUUUUAUCGUUCAAGGUUUCAUAUUUUAUUUGCCACAUUUGUUAUGGAUAUCAUAUGAUAUGGGAUACACUGGAAAAUUGACAUCACGUGCACGGAAGUAUUCCUCGUGUGAAGAGAAACAUAUACACCAACUUGAACUUCGAGAUAUUGCCGAGUACUUGCUUGCGACCAAAGGAAAACAUACGCUGUACACGUCGAUGUAUAUCAUCUUCGAGGCUUGCAACUUCGCUGUGGCUUCGCUACAAACCCUGUGGUUAGUAAACUUCUUUGGCGUCGCUGGUCUUGCCGAAGAUCUACCAGUAGAGAUCGAUACUUGGUCUGAAUUUUGGGAUUUCUACUUUCCAGAUUUUGGAUUUUGCGAACUGCGAAAACGGUGGCCUGCAGUGGAUGUGAAUCUUUAUACUAACUGCCUGUUGCCACUUAAUACUUUGUAUGUGAAGAUGUUUUUGAUUUUACUUGUGUGGUAUGUGCUUCUAACAUUUCUCUCCGGAAUGGUCUUAAUCUACAGAAUAGCACUUCUAAUGCCUUCGUUUCGAAAGACUUCAAUUACGUUCUGGGCUCCAUUGGUGGACCCAUCGACAAUGAAAGAUCUUCUUCGAGAGUCGUACAGUGAUUGGUUCUUUUUAUCAAGACUUCAAAAAACUGUAACGGACACUGAUUUUGCUCAGCUGGUGCGUGAGGUAUCAUUUAUGUCGUCUUACAAUGUUCUAGAUAAGAAAGAGGCGGAUGAUAACCGAUCAUCUCUGAGUAAUAAAAAUAAAUCUUUAAAUGAUUCGACUAGUAACGUCCAUUACAGAGUAGCAAGUCCUCAUGGAAUAUCUGCUCUUUAAUUUAUAUUGCGCAAAGCAAAGGUUUCUAAUUACCGUUUAUCAUUAAUGUUUUUCUUAAGCAAUGGAUUGUAAUUAUUGCAUCUUAUUUUUUUCCCUUGGAACUGAGUAAGCCAUAAUAGCAAUAAAUCAGAUAACAAAGGAUACACAAUUUUUUCUAGUUUUCUAAACAGAGAAAUGGGAAAAUGAUCUCCCAAUGUUGCUGCUAGUUGCUUGUUAAUAAAAUAUUUAGUAUUUUCUUUACAAUUACUUCUCCAAAACUACAACCUCCAGAAACGACCAGAGCUCCCCAAAACUUAAAUGAAAAUCGGUAAUAAAUGUCAACGCUUCAAGAGUACUACCUCUGUCGAAGACCAAAAUCGUCUGGAACGAUGGGUAGUCAUAUCAGAAAGUUUUGUGUAUUUUCAUUGCAGAUGAAAGAAUAAGGAGACAUUUUGAUCACUUCUUUGGUGACGUCGAAAAAUGAAAUUUUUCUCCAUUAUUUUAUAAGCAUUUAUAUAUUCAUACAAUACUGAAAUCCGUAUAGGAAAUGACUCCCGAUAGAGCUAUCUCAGAACUAGUGACAUCCAGUGCAUUAUUCAGAAUUAUCUAAGAAUAUUUUUAUAAUACAUUUGUGCAUGCAUAAGAAAAUGAGCAGGUAGAGUUGAAGUAAUAUUUUUUUGUGUGAGAGCAUCAAAAAUAAGUUUCAAUUGACUAUUAUUUUGCCACUUUUUUUUGUUUCUAAGUAUCAAAAAGGAUUCUUUAAAUUCGAAGGUAAAAAUUCCGUACAUAAUUUGACUUGAUAAAGAGUAUUUAUUAUAUCUUCAUCUUAUUUUACAAAACCUGCUACUUAAUUUAUAUUUUUAUCAUCAUUACACUUAAUAUGACCAAUAUCAUUUUAGACAUCACAUUGUAAACUAUCAGAAAAUCAGUAAUUCUCAAGAUAGGACUUCAUAUGCUCGAAGAGACAUAUGAAAAUAGUGAAUAUAAAUCAAAUAAGAAGUGGAGUAUUAAAUAUGUUUCGCGCAAAAUAUACAGUAUGAACUAACUGGCCUAAUUAUUUAUAAAUUUAAAGCCAAUGGCCUGUUCUUAAAAGCUAGAUAUUAUUAUUGAAGGAUGUUUUUCAAAGUUAAAAUAUAAGUAAUGUAAACAAAUAAUUGACAUAAUGUAUAAAAGAUUGCAUGAAACAGUUCUAUUUCUAAUUUAACAAUGAUGUGUGUUAUGUUUAAAAAUAAUAGAGAAUUUAGUUUUUUUUUUUUUUUUUUUUUCCUAAUGAAAGUGUCAAAAGUCUUUGAGGUGCAAAUUUUUUUUUAUAUAUAUGCCCAGAGUAGAAACAUUUAAUAAAACCAAGAUAUCUAAACAUUAAGAUUUGUUUUGUUAUCAACAAUAUAUACGAGAGCUACAAUUUAAUUAAGAAAGAACGCUUGUAAUAUUGUAAUCUAAUUUAAACUUCAUAUUUAUUACCCUUUUCACGGUUUAAAGUUUCAAACGUUACAAAUAAAAACUACUUCUUAUGCCUUUUUUUAUAAUAUGCAUUCUUUGUUAAACACCAAUCGUAAGAUACGGAACAUAUAAAAGUUAUUUAAUUAAAUAGCUUAUACCUGAAAACAUUAAUUUCUUUUCAUCGGUAUCAUGAAAAUCUAAAUUCAUUUCCUGGAAAAUAUAGCAAGUACUGCUAUUCUUCCUAACUGAUUAGAAUGUAACAAUCAGUUGUAUGUCAAAUUUAUUUUAGAUUAAUGCAUGAACGCUGAAAGUUUGAAAAAUGUUUAAUACAAUUAUAAAGAGAGCAUAGAUUUUCUUUUAUGAGAAUAUUAUGAUAUACUUUGUUUUUAAUUAUAUAGAAACAUUUUAUAUAAAUAAAUGCAUUUAUCAUCAUG